UUGUAGUUCUGCCCCUUCCCCUGCGCAUCGUGAAGUGGCUCUUUCAGAGGAAGCGGGCUUGAAGUAGCGUUUCUAGGAAACAGGUCAAGACACUGCCCAGAGAUAGUCAGAAACCCAACUCGGGGUGCACUUCCGGCUGUGUCCUGGGACUGAAAAGGGCAGGGUGAGCCUGAGGGCCCGCUGGGGCAAUGAAAUGGUGGAUAUUAGGUGUGGUCCUUAUAGUGACUACUUUUGUGGGUCUGGCUCCGGCCGCACCGGCCCCGUGGGCAAGUAAACUGGAGGAAAGAGCGGGCCCAAUGUGGCCCCCUCCCCAGAGGGUAACAACACUGGAGCCCUCGGUACCGAAUGUGGUGCUGGUGGUGAGCGAUUCUUUCGAUGGAAGGCUCACAUUUCAUCCAAGAAAUCAGACAGUGUCACUUCCUUUCAUAAACUUCAUGAAAAAACAUGGUACCCUUUUUCUCAAUGCAUAUACAAAUUCUCCAAUCUGUUGCCCAUCACGUGCAGCAAUGUGGAGUGGCCUCUUUACUCAUUUGACUGAAUCUUGGAAUAAUUUUAAGGGCCUGGAUCAAAAUUACACAACAUGGAUGGAACUCUUGGAAAAAUCUGGUUACCAUACACAAAAGUUUGGAAAAUUAGACUAUACUUCAGGACAUCACUCUAUUAGCAAUCGUGUGGAAGCUUGGACAAGAGAUGUUGAUUUCUUGCUUCGGCAGGAGGGCAGGCCUGUGGUUAAUCUUAUCCCUGAUAAACUAAAAACAAGAAUAAUGGAAGAAGAUUGGCAAAAUACAGAUAAAGCAACAAGCUGGUUAAGAAAAGAAGCAAUUAACUUUACUCAACCAUUUGUUCUUUAUUUGGGUUUAAAUUUACCACAUCCUUAUCCAUCACCAUAUACAGGAGAAAAUUUUGGUUCCUCCACAUUCCAGACAUCUCCUUAUUGGCUUGAAAAAGUAUUUUAUAAAGCUAUCAAAAUUCCAAAAUGGUCUCCUUUGUCAGAAAUGCACCCUGUAGAUUAUUAUUCUUCCUACACUAAAAACUGCACUGGGCAGUUUACAAAGAAAGAAAUUAGAGAUAUUAAAGCAUUUUAUUAUGCUAUGUGUGCUGAGACAGAUGCCAUGCUUGGUGAGAUUCUUUUGACUCUUUACCAGUUAAAUAUUCUUCAGAAAACUAUUGUUAUUUUCACCUCUGACCAUGGUGAGCUGGCCAUGGACCAUCGCCAGUUCUAUAAAAUGAGCAUGUACGAAGCAAGUUCCCAUGUUCCUCUUCUGAUGAUGGGGCCAAGCAUUAGAGCAAACCUCUAUGUCCCAGAUAUUGUCUCCCUUGUAGAUAUUUACCCCACUCUGCUAGAUAUUGCUGGAAUUCCUCUCCAUCAAAACCUGAGUGGAUAUUCUUUGAUUCCAUUAUCAUCAGAAGCAUUCAGUAACAAUUCUCAGUCCACAAGACCUCGUCCUCCCUGGAUUUUGAGUGAAUUCCAUGGCUGCAAUGUGAAUGCUUCCACCUAUAUGCUGAGAAUUGACAAAUGGAAAUACAUAGCUUACUCUGAUGGUGCCUCAUCACCCCCUCAACUCUUUGAUCUUUCUUCAGAUCCAGAUGAAUUAACAAAUAUAGCCAUGAUGUUUCCAGAAAUCACUCAUACUCUGGACCAAAAGCUUCGUUCCAUUAUAAACUAUCCUCUAGUUUCUGCGUCUGUCCACCAGUACAAAGAACAGUUUAUCAGCUGGAAAAACAGCUUAGGACAAAACUAUACAAAAGUUAUAGCAAACCUUAGGUGGCACCAGGACUGGCUGAAAGAACCAAUGAAGUAUGAAAGUGCAAUUAACCAAUGGCUUAAAACCAACACUAAUUUAUAAAAUGUUUGUACAAAAAUGUAUAAAAAUAUGCUCUAAUUAUGUGCUUUUAUAUCUUUAUACAAGAAGUAUACAAAUGCAAGUAGUAUAUCUUUAUACAAAUAGUAUAAGUAAAUAUACAAGUAGUAUAAAUAUCUUUAUACAAGUAAUAUAAUUAAGUAGCAAUUGCAAUAGGUAAUUAAGUGACCAUUAGUAGUCAAAGCAAUUUUAUUAAAUGCUAUUAUAUUUUAUAAUAUAAGCUAGAUGUUUUUAAAUUACGUUUUCUGAACCAGGAGAUCAUUAUAUACCUCAACAAUGAUACUGUUUGAGGAUGUAUUCUGAUGGAAGUGGAUCUCUUCGAUAAAGUUAUCUAGCUCAGUUUCAAUUGAUCAAAGAUGGAUAGAAGCAGCUACACCCAAAGAAAGAAUAUUGGGAAAUGAAUAUAAACUGCUUGCAUUUUUGUUUUUCUUCUCGGGUUAUUUAUACCUUCUGAAUUCAAUUCUCCCUGUGCAACAAGAAAACUGUUCGGUUCUGCACACAUAUAUUGUAUCUAGGAUAUACUGUAACCUAUUCAACAUGUAAAGGACUGCUUGCCAUCUGGGGGAGGGGAUGGAGGGAGGGAAGGAGGGGAAAAAUCAGAACAGAAGUGAAUGCAAGGGAUAAUGCUGUAAAAAAUUACCCUGGCAUGGGUUCUAUCAAUAAAAAGUUAUUUUAAAAAAUUGAAAAAAAAAAAAUUACGUUUUCUGAUAUAGCUGUCAUCAGGUGCUGACAUUAAAAACCUAAUUAAAAUAUGAAUAAAACAACUAAAUAGUUAGAAAUACUUUAACAUGAAGAUAAUACCUAUGUGAAAUGUUUUAACAUUUAUUAAAACUUUAAAAUUUAUUAUAUAUCAAAUAAGAACAGCCAUGAGAUCAUAGAUUUAGAACUGGAAGAUGGAUAGUGCAGUGCCUUUAUUUCAUAGAAGACUGUGAAGCCCACUGAAGUUACAUAACUUACCCAAUUUCUCAUAGACAGUAAAUAGCAGACUCACUAGACAGUGAAUCAUUUCACUCCUUGAACACAUCAGUUCUUUCAGCACUCUGGAUUGAAAUUUUCAUGAGCCUGGGGAAUUGGGUUUAUUAAGACUAAAAAGAACCUUGAUCAAGCCUUAACUGUGUUAUCAUUGUAGUUGCUUUCAAAAAAUGUUCCAUUGAAGAACAUUUUGCAAAUGAAUAAAGUGAGAUUCCAUUCUUUUAUUUUUUUUUUAUAUUUGAAUGUUCUUCAAUCAUGUUUACUCCCAUUCUGUGAGUUCUUUUGAAUGUCUUUUAUAUUUAUGCUAAUAAAUAUUUAAAUGAUAAAUGUA